AUGGAUUCCAUCGUUGAGCCUCGCGAUCGGUACAUUCUCCGCAAAAGACUCAUGCUUAUUGAAAGAGACAUCAGAGCCCUGGACAAGAAGAACAUACAUAUUUUGGACAGAAGCAUGUUGAAAUCAUGCAAAGUUCGGGUUCUACCUCUGAGUUUUGAUGCCCGUGACUCACUCGCACCAAAGUUUUUCACUUCAUUUGCCCCCGAAAACAUGCCAGAGCCAACACCGGAAUAUGUCGAGAAAGAAUAUGACACCAACAGCCUGAAAAUGUCGAAUGAAUACGGACGACUGAUUUACAUCUAUCUUGAUUCCUACAUUCGCAGAUUGAAAAUCGACUUUCCACAGGUCCAACAAACGUGGUCAAGCAAUCAAAUUGCUGAUUACAAGUUUGAUAAUCUAUACCGGAUGUUUGAGCCUGAACAUGGCACAUUGUUGCUAAGCCAUGUUGCCAAUGCCGCUCAGCCUCAUAUCAAAUGCAUAAUGCACAACGACCUCGAUGUAAAUGAUGGAAAUCUGCUUUGCGGGGAAAUUUUGACCGUUAUUCGGAUCAUGCUGGGUCAACUCAAGCGGAAGAUGUUCGUUAACGAUAUGAUUGCGCCGGUUCUACUCUUUGCUCUCAAUCGACGGUAUCCGCGUGCCAUAGAAGCAUAUUUCGAUGGCCAGGAGCUCUUGAUUCGCCGCACCAAGUCCUACGAUUUUACAUCCUUGAAUACCGCUGGUUUCAAGGACUUUGCACAAUGGUUUCUAGGCGAAUCUAUUGGUGAUACAUCCCGAGAAAGGAUUUGA